ACGUUGCCGAGUCGACGGCUAUCCUUUGGCUGUCCGCCUGUUCGAACGAAAACAAACGUUUGGAAUUCACAUCGAUUCAACAACUCCUAUCAUUGUAUCUCAUACCUCACGAGCUGGUGGGUUAGCAAACAACAAUUUUGAAAUCUAGAAAUGGUCGUUUUCAGCCGAUUUACUGCAUUGGCAUCUGGAACAACAACUGUUGUUGAAAUCCCAUCUGACUAUGGGUAUGUUGUAUUAACUGGAAUUGCCUCAGCAUGUCUCCUAACCUGGCAAUCAAUUCAGGUUGGCCAAAUGAGGAAAAAGUUUGGCAUCCACUACCCAACCAUGUACAGUCAAGAAACAAGUGGUAAUGGACAGCUAUUCAACUGCUACCAGAGAGCUCAUCAAAACACGUUGGAGAGCUACCCCGUAUUUUUAAUGCUUUUAUUUACUGGGGGACUUCAGUAUCCAAUUCCAUCAGCACUAGGAGGUGCUGUAUGGAUUGCUGGUAAAGUUGCUUACUCUCAAGGAUAUUACACAGGAGACCCGAAGAAUCGUAUGCGUGGCUCUUUCGGUUAUCUGGGACUUUUCGUACUUUUGGGUUCAUCAAGCCUGUUUGGAGCCAAACUGCUCGGAUGGUACUAGGUAUUAAUAUCCUCAAGAAGAGCAAUAAAAAUAAACUACGCUAGAAGAGUUUAUUAGUAAUUGAAAAAAGCGAUGUUAUCAUUGAUUUUGUUUCAUAUAAUCCGCUGUAAAAAAAAAGUUAAAAUAAAAGUCCAAUACCAGCAGCUUUAA